GCGUUAAUCCAACGGGUCCUAGCUUCGACAGAGCUCCAACUCGAAUAGCCCAGCUCCUGUGAUUGGCUGCCGCAGCCAGGCACAGGGCCGCCCAAGCAAGCUGCGCUGCCAAUGGUGGAUGGGAUGGGGGUACCUACAUGUACCUUGCUUGGGAACCGCAUACGACGGCAGAAUUUCUGGUGGUUUGCCCUGUCACGAAAGACGGCCAGGCCUCUGUCUGUUUUGUUUUUUUUUUCCUCCUCCCCUUUAGCUUACUCCCAACGCCUCCUUCUUUCAACCGCGUUGUGCAGCAUUAUUGGCCUGUAAUACGUGUCAUUUUUUCUUCCCAGUUUUUGUUGUCCCGCAGGAAAAGUCGCGGCACAGACCAAAAACAAAAAAAGCAGCUGCUGGAAGACGCAUACGCAGCCCUUAUCAGACCAAUAUCAUGCCUGUUGAGCUGCGCAAGCGCAAGGCCCCCGUGGCGCCGCCCGCGCCCGCGCCGACCAAGAAGAAGGCGGCUACUGCCAAGGGACGAAAGCCCGCCGCCGCAAAGGCCAAGGAGGACGUCAAGAAGCCAGAUGCCGCGGCGGAGAAGCCAUCCAAGGACGAGGAGGCCACCGACUCUGCGCCGGAAGCCCCUGAGGAGCAAGAGACGGUGAAGGACGCCAAGAAGGAUGCCAAAGAUGAGGCCAAGGAUGAGGAGAAGAAGCCGGCUGCUGCGGGCAAGGUCGCUGUUGGCGAUGUCAUUGACCUCGAGGGAUUCGGUGGCGAGAUUCAAACAAACGAUGGCGAGAAGACUACCUUGAAGAAGCUUGUCGAUGAUAGCAAGAGUGGUGUUGUUCUCUUCACCUACCCCAAGGCAUCGACUCCAGGAUGCACCAACCAAGUGUGCCUGUUCCGCGACUCUUAUGAACCUCUGACUGCCGAUGGUCUUGCCAUCUACGGCUUGAGCGCCGACUCAACCAAGGCCAACACCACCUUCAAGGAGAAGCAGAAGCUGCCCUACCCCCUCCUGUGCGACACCCAGGCGACUCUCAUCGCUGCCAUUGGCCUGAAGAAGCAGCCCAAGGGAACUCAGCGCGGCGUCUUUGUUGUCAACAAGGAGGGCAAGGUGCUUGUUGCCGAGCCUGGCGGUCCUGCUGCUACUGUGGACAGAGUCAAGGCCCUGGUCGAGGAGUUGAAGGGAAAGAACUAAGGAAUUGGCUUCUUGUCUCUCUUUUCUCUCGUCCUUUUUGCCUCGUCCUGUUUCUUCGUAUUGAUGCUGCACAUGUUGAAAGAAGAAGAAGAAGAAAAAAUGUUCGCUUUGUCAUAUUACAAGUUGGCGUGGGAGUUGAUCGGUAUGAGGGAUAGCAAGCGUGCUUAUAUUUGUCUACUGGCACUGGGAAUCUAUGUAGAGCCCACUAUUCUCGUAUGAAUUGCUCUUUAGUCUCCUAAGGACCGUGUAAAUUGAUUUAGUCAUUGGUUUCGCGUUGUCUUUGAUGCUUGAUUUGUUUGUGUAACUCCGUCG